CGGAAAGACUCGCCGUUUCCGGUACCUCAGCCGCAACUCCUUUGACACCCUGCAAAAAAGUUAGAAUCCUCCGGAAAAAGGAUUGAUGGGUGAAGGAAAGCCAGAAUCGGUGACGCACGAAGGCGUUGGGCAGCAAACUGCUGAAGGACACGGUGACAAGAAUGAGGGCAAUCCCAAAAUUGGGGUUCGUAUCGCACAGUCCACCGGUGCUUGGUGACGCCUCCGCCCGUCAAUUCGAUUAGGAUCAAUGAAAAUCCCUAAAACAGAAUCGUAUCGUCGACGAGCGAAGUGAACGGUUGAACUGUUCAAACCGUUUGAGCCCUCAGAACAAUAUUCCACAAACCACCAAAAAACAACCGAAAUCUCCACCUCCGGCACCGGAAGACUGUAAAAUCCCUGAUCCGACGGUGAAGCGGAGGCAGGGAAACACCCUAGAUGGACGGCGGAGGAGGUGAUGGGUAUCGGCUGACGAACUUCGCUUCGGGGCGCGUGCAAGAGGAGGAGCCGACGAUAAUCAACCGGAUGAUGCUCAGAUUCCGCCCGAUCGCUCCCAAGCCGGCCGCCGGCGCAGGCUCCGGAUCCUCCGCGGCCAGGCUAGUCUCCAAGGUAAGGACGAAGCGUAAGUACGUUAGGGUUAGAGCAGCCGGUGGCGGCGGCCGGCGGGGGCGGAGGAGGGCCGCCGCUGUGAGGAGGGCCGCCGUGAACGGAAGGAACCGCAACACACGGCGUGCGACCGUUGCACUUUUCCCUAACGGAAUGUGCAAUUGACAAAAUCGAUCCCUCCCUCCGCUCAAGGCGUUAGCCUGAAGGAACGUCCAAUAAAUGGCCGUCUUCAUUUCCUCCGAGAUCCAUAGUUUCCCAAGUCCAAAGUCCACCCAAAAAAGAAAACAAGUUACAGACACAGAGGAGAACUAAGCCAUGGAGAGAUCGGGCACCACCAAAGCAUUUACGGAAUCAGCUCAGAAGCGGAAUUCGUUCUUCGAGUACGCCCUCACCAAAUCGACCGGCAACCCGCUGUCUUCCUCCAGCAAACACCACCUCCACCACCAUCCCGACGACGGUUUACUAGAUAUCGAUGACGAGCCAACUCCAACUUCUCCCUCCGCCUUCGUUUCCGUCAGCAUCCCAAUCAGCCGGAUCCCCGACAACCUCAUCCCGCACAACCGGGGGCCGUCAACGGGUCUUUCCCCAAUCGGUUCUCCCCAAUCUCUCUCAACUUUCUUCCCCGAAUUAAGCUGCCACUUGGACCUUGUUGCGGCGGCGCGUAGGGAGCACGAGCACUGUGUCUGUGGUACGACGGAGGAGAAGAAGGAAUUCAAGGCAAGGUGGGUGCCGAUUUUACUGAACCGGCUGAGGGAGCUGUCGGAGAUGGAGGGCAAGAGCGCGGUAGGGGUGGAGAUCGCGGACACGAUUGAUUUCUUGAAGACGCUGUACGUCUCGGAGUCGGUGUUGAAGGAGAUCGGAGAGAUGAGCGACAAGAGCCGGCAAGGGGUGAUAAGGUUGCAGGAAGGGUUGCUGCUGGUUGACAAGGCCAAAGAGCAGCUUCGAUAUGCUCUUCAGAAGAAGCUUUUCUCCGCAGAUUGAAACUCUAGUUUUGGAUUUGAAAUGGAUGAUUUCUACUGCACGUAAUUUUGUUUUUGCUUUCCUGCUGAAUUCUCAGUAAUUGUUUCGUAGGAAGGAGGAUUGGUUUGUCAAUAUUGUGAUGCUGAACACCGUGAUUAUUUAGAGUUUGUAAUAUUAUAAAGGCAAAAUACAUAUGCAUAGUCAUAAUUAUACACUUUGUGACAAUAAUAGCCAGAUUUUGAAAAAUACACAAAAAUAACCAUUUUGUCCAAAACU